GGUUUUUACAAGUUUUCAACACGUAAUCCCUGAUAAUAAUAAUUACAAUGAAGUCAUCAUAACUCCCCAGAUUUAACGUGACUGGACGUCCCUUCACUCUACUGGGCACCGGAGAGCUGUCCAGCUUGGGAUUGCCGUGUGACGUUGACGCAGCUGUAAACUGGGAAGGGGAGCUGCUAGCUUUCAAAGGAUGCGAUGUCUUCAAGUACAGCCUGAGCGAAGAAACGUUCCAAGUGGAGGACACUACUCUCGCAGACAAAGGGUUGCCAUGCCAACUGGACGCCGCUGUGGAAUGGACAUAUGAGUCGGUCAUCUUCUUGAAGGGGCACCAGCUCUGGCACUGGUCCUGGGGUGAAGUGACCGGUCCUCACCACACUGACCGCCUUAACAUCUGCUCGUGGUACCUGUGUGGGGAGGCCGACUGGAUGAGGGAGAGGAUGCGGCAUAGACGUGAGAUCACGUCCUGUAAUGGUGACGUCAGACUGUGUCCACUGCGCCUUGACCAAGUGACCUUGCCUGGCUUGCACAACGCCGGGUCUGGCUUUGCUGGCGGCUUCGGUUUCCUCAACUGCUGGAUGCGAAACCAUGGCCUCAACAUCACAGAGCAGCUCCGUAGAGGUAUUCGCCACCUGGAUGUUGACCCUUGCUACGAGACGUGUGGACUUUUGGGUACAUGCCACGCCUUCUCGUGUGGCGGAAGUGUGUGCGCCAUGAUCAAACAGAUUAGAGAGUUCAUGAGGGAAAAUCGAAAUGACGUCAUCACUGUGAAUUUCAACCAUGAGAUCGUGGAUGAGAACAAAGUGUUUAGAGGUCUCUCCAGGCAGUUGGAGGUCCAGGUCCGCCCACUUCUCAACAGAUACUACCGGGUAUCCCCGAGAGGGGCGUGGCCCACGCUGCAGCGCAGUAUUCGGAUCAAUCGGAGGCUGUUUGUGUUCUACGCGCCAAUCAUAGAGAACGAGCCACACAGUCGUCUGUACUACAAUCGCAAGAAGUGGAUACAUAGCGAGAAUCUAUUGGCCAGCACCUGGAGGCCAUUUUCUCUCAGCAAUGGCUGUGAACCGAUGAUCGCACUGACCAACAGGAUGUGUGAGAGCCGGAAGUACAAGGCCCUGGUGGAAGUGUCGGUGAUACCAGAGUCUGGCGGGGCGUGUACUCACGCUAUGGCCGACGCCUGCAGACCACACGUGCAUCAGAUGCUUCGAGCGUGUGAGGCUCAUCGUUUUCCUAGCCACAAAUCGCCCAACAUUGUCCUGGUGGACUGGCCAGAGGAAGCCAGUGAUGACGUCACGUCGGUGUACCACGCCGUCAGACACCAGAACGUGCGGAACAUCGCCACACACAGGCCAAUCAGCUGUCAGGUGCGAGUGGAUGCAGCAUUCCAUAUGACCAACACGUCCAGAAGUUUUUUCUUUGUCGGUCAGAGACUUGUAGAAUAUGACCACGAUGUCGGGGCCCAGAUUGCGAGCAGAUCUUUGGACGUCUUGAAUAUCAGCACUCACGGGGACGUCUCCUCGGCAUUUUUCCAUGAGACGACUCGGAAGAUACACGUAUUUCAAGGCUGCCGUAAAGUGGAGCUUGACCCCGUUACUUUGACCCUUGUCUCCGGGUCAGAGAUCACUCGAGACCCGUGCACACCCGUAGACGCCGCUCUCACGUGGAAUGGGAUGCAGAUUCUCUUUGAAGGUUGUCACGUACAUAAUCCUUCCUCACCGGACUUGAGCCCAGAACAGUUGGGGUUCCCCUGUGAUGUGGACGCGGCUCUGAUGCAUGAUGGUCAUGUCUACGCCUUCAAAGGGAACGACUACUACCGCUAUGACACCAGGCAAAACCAGGGUCGGUUGGUCGGCCGGACGCUGGACUGGACAAUUGACGCCGUGCAGUGUCCCUGAUUAUUUAUGUCACGACGUGGUGGAGCAAGGAUCUUGUCCAAUAUUUGAGCAUAGAGUUAUCAAUAUUAAUAUAACGUGUCCAUUUGUCUUUAAUUUGAUGGGAAAAAAAACCUGACCAUCUAUCUUGCUUAGAAAUCGAGAUAUUUGCGAUCGAAGGAGGUGGGGUGUCAGAGGUAAACUAGCGAGAAAAUGGCUGCCAAAUUUGAUGACAUCCAGAGCUUGAGUGGCCUUGGAAAUCGUAAAUUUACCUUUCUGUGGCUUCGAUCUAUGUUUUUUUUCAGUAAAACCCAAACAGAAAUGUGUUUUUAAAAGGACAUACAAGGUGUUGAGUCAAAACAUGAACAUCAAUAAGAAUAGACCAACCUCCGGAAAAAUGUUGGUUUCUUCAAUUUCGUUAUAUUGACGAGCGCCUGAUUUCACCACGAUGCCUCACAUUUGUAAAAGAGUUGGACAAACAAGGCCAUGGUGCGUAA